AUGGCAGACAAGAAGACUUCCUCAGUAACGCCCCCCACCAACCCGCGCGGGAUCCCCGCCGCGCCCUUCGUCGACAAUGUAGCAGACUACGUAUCCUCGCGAAGCGAAGUGGAACCGACGCUACGAUCCUUCCAAGAGAUGAUCUCGAAGUACCAAUUCAUGGAAGUCAACACGCAGCGCCGGGCCCAAGGUCUACGCGACAAGAUCCCCGACAUCAAGAAGACAUUGGAGAUGGUGCGAUUCCUGAAACUCAGAAGAGAAAAUGAAAGUGCCUCGGCACUCGAAACCAACUUCGAAUUGAACGAUACAUUGUACGCUCGCGCCACGGUCUCCCCCGCCGACACGGAGGAAGUGUAUCUCUGGCUCGGAGCGAAUGUUAUGCUUGCGUACCCGAUUGAGGAGGCUGAGAGCAUGUUGGAUGAGAAGUUGGCGGCGGCGCAGAAGAGUCUGGGCAAUUGUGAGGAGGAUUUGGAGUUUUUGAGGGAGCAGAUUACGACGCUGGAGGUUGCGACGGCAAGAGUCUAUAAUUGGGAUGUGGUGCAGAGACGGAAAGAAAAGGCUGAAGGUAAGGGUGAUGAGGAAGCGGAGAAGGCGGCUUGA